GCCCGCGUUCGAUCCAUUCCGGCGAUUUCUUCCCGCUCAAAGCCGAUCUUGCUGCAGGGAGGAGCGAGCGGAGUGCAGCUGAGCCGAGCCGAGCCGAGCAUCACAGCCCGCAUUCAAGGAAACUGGCGAACACAGCACUUUUCUUUGACUUUCCAUAAUGUUCUAGCGUCCGAGCAGCACACGCCUUCAGUUACGAGGAAAUAGACGAAUUCGAUGUGGACCCUUAUGGAAGCCGUUUGUCUUUGAGAGGCUGGGAAUCUCUGCCCAGUCUAGGGAGAGACACCCCCCACCACCCCCCCAAUUGUUCCCUGCGCCAAGAACUGUAAAGACAUGGUCAUUACACCGCAUCUGUGAUGAACGGCAAGCAGUGAGCGUGCUUCAGUGUCAGAGGAUGCUCCUGAUCUGCGGGGCGCAGUGCUGAGGGUGGUCCACGGAGCCAACUGGUGCCCACCAUGUCUCACCACCAACACUACCAGCGAGGCCCCCAUGGCCGCACCAUGAGCUCUGAGGAGAGGAGCUCCACGCCAGUCAACAAGACCUCCACACCGGUUCACAAGAGCGCCUCUUCCUCUUCCUCCUCCCAGCGUGACAGCCGGCAGGAGGCAGACAGCUGGGAGAUCAUUGAGGGGCUGAAAAUCGGUCAGAGCAACGUCCAGAGGCCUGACAAACACGAGGGCUUUAUGCUGAAGAAGCGGAAAUGGCCCCUGAAAGGCUGGCACAAGCGUUUUUUUGUUCUGGACAAUGGUAUCCUGAAGUACUCCAAGUCACCCAUUGAUAUCCAAAAAGGCAAACUUCAUGGCAGCAUCGACGUUGGCCUCUCAGUCAUGUCCAUCAAGAAGAGGGCCCGUCGCAUCGACCUGGACACCGAGGAGCAUAUCUAUCACCUGAAGGUCAAAUCUCAAGACAUCUUUGAUGCCUGGGUGUCCAAGUUGCGUCAUCACCGGCUUUACCGGCAGAACGAGAUUGUGCGAUCUCCCCGGGAGGCCACCAUGCGAACAUUUCCUCCCCCAGCUGCCAUUGAGUCCCCCCAACCUGCCUCCAGUGUGGUACGGGAAGCUAAGCAGGCCAAGCCGAGCAGCUUGCCGUGGCAGCCGGUGGCCCCCAGUAGCAGCAGCAACAGCAGCCUGCCAGCCUCCUACAGCAACGGCCAGAGCAAGGUGGUCGCUUGGCUGCAGGAAUCAGAGGAGAUGGACAAGUGUGCAGAGGAGCUUGCACGAUGCCAGUCCAACCUGACUGAGCUGAGCCGCUUAUUGCAGAGUCUGGAGAUUCUGCAAAGGACACAGUCAGCGCCCAACUUCACAGAUAUGCAGGCCAAUUGUGUUGAAUUGUCAAAGAAAGAAAAGCGCUUGAACAGAAGAUGGAGAACAAAAAGUGUCGGCAAAGAUGCAAAAUUCCAGCUUCAGGUCCCUCUGUCUGCCAGCAUGUCCCCCGUCCGCCUUCACUCAUCCAACCCCAACCUGUGUGCCGAGCUGGUGGACUUUCAGCCCCCUGUCUCCCGGCUGACAGACAGCGUAGAGUGUGCCAGUGACUACAUUAAACUUCAGGAGGAAUUCUGCACUAUCGCCCAGAAAGUCCACUCUCUGCUGAAGUCGGCCUUCAACACCGUGGCCAUAGAGAAAGAAAAGAUCAAACAGAUUCUGUCUGACCAGGAGCAGUCAGACCAGUCAGCCCAGAUCAACUCUCUCAGGAAGUCUCUGUCGCAGGCCCUGUCCCAAAACGCAGAACUUCGAACCCGACUCAACCGCAUCCACUCUGAAUCUGUCCUGACUGAACAAGUUGUCAGUGUGAACAUCAUCUCCACGCCUGAUGAGGCCGGGGAACAGAUGGGGAUCCCUCUGACUCAGCAGGCCUCUAAUGAGAGCCGACUCUCCAUGUCAGAGUCUGUCUCUGAGUUCUUUGAUGCCCAGGAAGUGCUUCUGUCAGCCAGCUCGUCGGAGAAUGAGGGCUCAGACGAUGAGUCAUAUGUCAGCGAUGUGAGCGAUAACAUUUCAGAGGACAACGCCAGUGUGACUGAUAACGUCUCCAGACAAAUGGCCAACGGAGACUUUGCUGGCAGUGCCUUCCGUAACGGGCGGCGCACCUGCCUGCCGGCGCCGUGUCCUGACACCAGCAACAUCAACCUCUGGAACAUCUUGAGAAACAACAUCGGCAAGGACUUGUCCAAAGUGUCCAUGCCUGUGGAGCUCAACGAGCCCCUCAACACCCUGCAGCGCAUGUGUGAAGAGCUGGAGUACAGCGAGCUGCUGGACAAGGCUGCUGAGACCGAGGACCCCUUUGAACGCAUGGCUCUCGUCGCUGCGUUUGCCGUCUCAGGCUACUCGUCCACCUACUACAGAGCAGGAAGUAAGCCAUUCAACCCGUUACUCGGAGAGACAUAUGAAUGUAUUCGGGAAGACAAGGGCUUCUGUUUUUUCUCGGAGCAGGUGAGCCACCACCCUCCCAUCUCCGCCUGCCACUGUGACUCUAAGAACUUCACCUUCUGGCAAGAUGUGAGAUGGAAAAACAAGUUCUGGGGGAAAUCAAUGGAGAUUUUACCGAUCGGGUCUGUGAAUCUCAUGAUUCCCAGGUUUGGAGAUCACUAUGAAUGGAACAAAGUCACCACCUGCGUACACAACAUCCUCAGUGGACGACGAUGGAUCGAACACUACGGGGAGAUCACCAUCAGAAACACCAAGAGCAGCGCCUGCCUCUGCAAACUGACCUUCGUCAAGGGAAACUACUGGAGCUCUAAUGUGAAUGAGGUUCAAGGAUUUGUGAUGGAUCAAGAAGGGAAAGUGAUCCACAGGCUCUUUGGAAAAUGGCACGAGGGGCUUUACUGUGGUGUCCCCCCCUCUGCCAAAUGCAUCUGGAGGCCAGGCUCCAUGCCCACAGACUAUGAGCUGUACUAUGGCUUCACCAGGUUCGCCAUUGAACUCAACGAGCUCUGCCCCGAGCUGAAAGAUGUUCUGCCCCGUACAGAUGCCCGAUUCAGGCCCGAUCAAAGGCAUCUGGAGGAGGGGAACUUGGAGAUGGCAUCCUCAGAGAAGCAGCGUAUCGAGGACCUGCAGAGAACCAGGAGGAAGUGGAGAGAGGAGAACGACGUCAAACAGGAGCCACUCUUCUUCAAGAAAGUGGUCGAUGCCAAUCACAGGGAGAGGUGGGUCUCCAACAACACGUACUGGGAGCUCCGCAAAAACCCCGGCUUCAUCAACAUGGAAUAUACAGUGAACCUGUGGUAGCACACGGAUCGACACGUCCGUCACAUCGUCAUCGCACACAAGAAGGCUGUUAACCUAUGCACAAUAUGGUGUUAAAGAGAAACAUGUUCAGGAGGAAGCGUCCGUGUGCAUGAACUGCAGAGCUGAGGGAUGGCCUGGUGCCCAGCAACCCUGCGGAGGUUCUGUGGCUCUGCCGCACGGUCAUCCAUCCAUGGAAACAUCCCGUAGGAUCACCUUCAUUGUGCUUGUCGAAGAUGGGUUGUCAGGCCAACAGUCGUACCACUCCUAUGUAGAUCUUUCCUCGGCUCCUUUGACUUCUGAGUAUGUCCUUGCCUUAAAAAGACACCCAUACUACGUCUCACAACUUAGCGCUUUUUCGUUGAAGCCAUUUGAUUUCUGACAGCAGUUUGGGUUAGACUAGUCUAUGAAGUAGACAUUUUGAUUACCUACAAUACCGUGCAUGUUUAGAGAGCAGCUUUCACUGGCAUAAAGCCGUAUUUACUGUAUCAUCAAUUAUUGUAGAAAAAAAGGUAUUUUUAUAAAAUAUCUUGGACUUUAGUGAAAUAGCAUUAUGUGAAUUGGCAGAUUUUAUUUAUUUUUGCCUUUUAAUACUGUUGAAUCUGUGUGAUAGCAGUACUCUCUCUCGGGAAGCAACUCAUUUAAAAUUAAUCUGGACCGCAUCAGAGGAAGCGCAACGUCCAUAGAUGGAAUUUUUAAUGCUUAAUUUCAAACAGGGGCUCUCAAAGCUCAUCAUGCGGUGGAAGGAGAGGUAGGAUUCAGAUGUAAAUCCUGUUCUGGUGUGUUGGACAUGUGGGAUGUGGGACACACCGACAACCUUCACAGAUGUUUUCUUUUUUUAAACCGUCAACACAGAUCUGUGGUGGAGCUCGGUUUCUCCUCAUAGCGGGAUUUUGUGUAAAUAGAGGUACAGCCACACCUGCCCUCCCCUGCUCCACUGUCUAAAUUUAGACAUAGUUACAUGAAACCAACUCCUCUGAAUCACAAGCUUACAUAAAUACACACAUAACUCCAUAUACCUUUCUGAAUGUGGUGCAGAUAAAUGUGUGGGUCUCAGAGAAGUAACGGUCUCACUCAAUCAUCAGAUACUUACCUGAAUCAAAGGUCUAAGAAAAGAUGGAGUAGUAAGAUUGUGCAGGCUGUAAAGCCAUCUGUGCUUAAUAAAUAAGAAUUAACAGUGAAAUAUGAGAAAAAAAUUCAAGUACAAGGCUAAACACUCAUCUAAACCCACCAAUGUGCAAUCGUUUUUAAGAAUUAUCAAAAAAUGUAAAACAAAUUAUUAUUAUUAUUAUUCAGUUCACCGAAGCUAUGUCUUAAGUUUGCAUCCUUGUUCUGAUGCCGACCAAAAUUUGAAUUAAAAAUUAUAGGAAACAACAAAAAGUAGCAAUGUUUCUCAUUACAAGCAACUGUUUGCUUGCAUUUUUCUUGAUAAACUGUCCACAUUAAUAAUCAAUAAUCAAAACAGGAUCAGCCAAAAGCAUACAGUUAGUCCAGUAUGAAACACCAGAGCCACCCACAGGUCGUCCCCUGAAAGUGCAGUUUCAGUAUACUGAAGGUCAAACUGAGUAAUAGCAGAAUCUGCUCCUCUUUUCCUGCAGUAUUUUAGAUGCUGAGGUCAAACACACAGGAAUCACAGCUGAUCAAUGUGUCUGAUUCCCCAGAGACUUUACUGCUACGAUCUGGGCUUCUGCAAAGCACCAGUUACUUAUUUGCAGUAGUGUGUGUUUAUCGCAAAGCAGAUUAGUGUUAAUGUUUUAACUAGCGUCCCCCUCUUGUGUUACAGCGAGAAAAUAUAACACUGGGCUUUUUACCUAAACCAACCCCAGCGCACACAAGUAGUCACACGUUGUCACACACUGUCAGUCCCCCUCAUUCAGGAUGAGGACACUGAAGGAGAAGAAGAGCGAAUAUAAAUAUGUAGAAUGAAAACUAUGUGAAGCAAUUCCAUUGUGUGCACUGUUCAUAUGGUACUGUAGAUGACAAACCAAAAAGGUAGUACUGCUUUGCAUCCAUAUCCUUUUUUUUAAAUGUAAUUACCUGCUUUUAAUUUCAAACCCCAACUACAAAUUCAAUGCUACAACUCGUCCGCGUCAGUUUCACUUGCUGUGCCUUAAUGCAUUUAUUAAUGCCUCACAAACACACUACUGAUAAGAAUCCCCAUGCCAAGAAGGUAUGCCAUUAACAACUCUGCACAUAACCCAGACUCCACCUGGCUACAGACGAUAACUCAUAUCGAUAGACAGCGUUUAGGAUUUAGCUGUGAACAAAAUGUCUUGGCUUGCGUUUUUAAGCGAGAUGUCAUGACAUGACAUUUGGCGAGAACAAAAGAGGUUGAUCUGACUGUAAAAUGCUUGCAGUGUUAAAAGAUGUUCUGCACUGCUCCGCUACUCCAACAUGUAACCAAUACAUUUUUGGUGACCACUGUAAAUACAGCACAUUUAGAAGAUGGGUCACUACUGCAAAAGCGGAUUCCUCCGACGCCAGUGACUGAGUCAGCGGUUGUGUGAGGGAGGUCGGGCCAACGCUUUGCGUAGUGUUUGGUAUCAUAGAGUCAGACUGUAGUGACAAAAAGUACUAAUCAUGAAAACCUCCUCAUGCUUUCUUCAUCCAUUGUUCUACCUGCAUGUCUAGACAACUUAGCCUGCCAAUGAAUGUUGCAGAUGCCUUACUAAAAGAAAAAAAAAAAAGUUUUUUGUUUUCUCAAUUGGACUCUCAUGUGUGUUUUGUUUUGGACUGACAUGUAUCACGGAGCACUGUGUCAGCUCAGUUCAGAUCUGUUUCCCAAUGGGUACCUUCUAAAGUGCAAUUUUAACAAAGUACAUAUCUUUCCAUGAACACUGUACACUGCUGCUACAUAGUGCUUGUUCUAAUAAAACUGUAAAACUCA